AUGGCGGCGCCGCGCGAGCUGGACCUCUCCGACGAGGUGGAGGGCGAGCAGGACUGCACCACCGACUUCGUCUUCCGCCUCUCCGGCGACCCCGUCCCCGUCCUGCCCCGAGCCUCCGCCCCGCUCCCCCUCUUCGACCUCCAGUCCCCGCCCGCGCGCCCGCUCGCCGUCUCCAACCGCCACGCCGCCGUGUUCCUCGCCCACCCCAACGGGUUUAUCGCCGCGCGGACCAAGGCGCUGAUCGAGGCCAGCAAGGAGGCGCGGGAGAAGGGCAAGGCCAGCACCCGCUGCGCGCAAGACUGCUGCGUCGCGGACGUGCCCCUCCCCGGCGCCUCGCUCCUGGCGCUCUCGCGCGACGAGUCCGUGCUUGCUGCCUGCGCCGGCAGCGAGAUCAAAUUCUUCUCGGUUACCUCGUUGCUCACUGAUAAGGAUGUUGAGCCGUCCUCAUCAUGUAGCCUGGGACAAUCUGGCACUGUUAAAGAUUUCAAGUGGCUAAAUCACGCCUAUAUUGUACUCUCAAAUGCUGGACUGCUAUCUCAUGGGAGUUUGGGGGAAGAAGACCUCAAGGAUGUGAUGGAAAAUGUUGAUGCUGUUGACUGUUCCAAGGAUGGGAAUCACAUUGCUGUUGCAAGAAAGAAUUCACUCAGGUUAUUAUCCUCAGAUUUGAAGGAAACAUGUUGCAUGGCCCUCUUGUUUCAGUUGUGUUCUGAGAGUGAUUCAGAGGGCACCGACAUCAAAGUGGAUUCCAUUGGUUGGGUGCGCGAUGAUAGUAUUGUUGUCGGUUGUGUUCGAUUGAAUGAAGAAAGCAACGAAGUGGGUUAUCUGGUCCAAGUUAUAAGAAGCGGAGGCAAUACAUUUUUCGAGAGCUCAAGCAAGCCAGUUGUUUUUAGCUACGAUUUUUUUGGAGGUAUCAUGGAUGAUAUUUUACCAUCUGGUGCUGGACCAAAUUUGCUAUUGGGCUAUCUUCAUCGCUGGGAUCUCAUGGUUUAUUCAAAUAAAAAGAGCACAGAUGACCACAUUUCGCUUUUGAAAUGGCCGUCCAUAACUGAUGAUGAAAGAACUGUGGUAUACCUUGAAAUGGUGGAGGAUAAAUAUAGUCCUAGGAUUGAUCUGCAAGAGAAUGGCGAUGACAAUGUCAUAUUGGGAUUUGGUGUGGAGAAUGUUUCAUUAUUUCAGAAGAUCACAGUACCGGUCGGACCUGAACAGAAGGAGGUUGCUCCUCAACAUCUUCUACUUUGUUUGACUAGUGAAGGGAAACUAAUUAUUUAUUAUCUUGCCAGGAUUUCUGACCCUUCCGAUUUACCUCAAACAAGUCCGUCUUCUAUUGAAGAUAGUAAUGUGAAUAAACAAAUUUCUCCUGCAACUGUAUCUGGAAAGGACUUGACUCCAAGUGUUACAAGCUCAAUGCCCAAGAGCCUGCUCGCAGAACCUGGGGCUGAGCCAUCUAGUGCACAUGCAGAGAGAGACCAGCAUGCAUCAAGAGAUGCAGAGAGCAGUCCCUCAGUUUCAAAAAAUAAGGACAUAGCUGGCAGUUCGUUGUCUAUCACUUCCGAUAAGAAGUCAUUGAAUACCAAGCAAGUGAACAUGGAUUCCCCAUUUGCACCUCCCUCGAGCUCAGCACCAACAAGCAACACAAAACCUGGAAUGCCAUUCAGCUUUUCUACUGCUAAUAAUGUUGGCCUGAAUUCAACAGGGAGCAAGGGAUCUAGUGAAUUAAUUUCUUCCUGGCAACCGAACAACAGCAGCAGUUUUGCAAACAGCCAACUUGGUAAAGGUGGCCUUGAUUCAGCCAAACCACUGGGAGCAUUUGGGGGAUCUCAGAACACUACAAAAGGUGGUGGUAGCCUUACUUUUAAAUCAUCAUUGUUCAGCUCUGACGGAUCAGGUCCAGUUAAGACCUCAGAAAGGAAUGAGGGUACUGGUUUUGGAAGCUACUCGGCGCAAACCAGCUACACUACUGAGAAAAAAGUUCUUGGGUCCUCAGCUGGCUUAAGUCCUGCACCAUCGUUGCCGAUUUCUCCAAAUAAACUGUCUGGAUCUUCAUCUGCUGGGUUUAGGGCAGGAAAUCUCGAAGUACUUCCUACCUCCCAUGGAUCACCUCUGCCACAGCAAACCAUUGGCAAAUCACAUAACAACCGGACUCAUACGUCAGCGGAUUCAAGAAAUGUUAAGUUAGGCAAAAUGUUUGAUACUGAACAAGAUCUAUCUAAAAAGUUUUACAGUAUAAAUGAUAUGACCGAGGAGUUAGACACCCUCCUGGCAUACAUAGAAAAAGACGGUGGUUUCAGAGAUGCUUGCAUAACUUUGCAGCAGCGUCCUCUUUCAGUUCUUGAGGGUGAUCUGCAAAACUUUUUGGAAUUAUUGCAGGUCUUCAAGAACAAAUUAGAGGAACAAUGUUCAAAAGCUGAUGAUCUGCGAAAUAAGAUGUUCCAAGUUUCUGCUAGGCAAGCUUAUAUGAAGGGAAUUCUCAGUCAGUCUUCAGAUACUCAGUACUGGGAUAUCUGGAACCGCCAGAAAUUGAGUCCAGAAUUUGAAGCGAAAAGGCAAAAUAUUCUCAAAGCUAAUCAGAAUUUGACAAAUCAGCUGGUAGAGCUGGAGAGGCACUUCAAUAAUCUGGAGAUGAACAAAUUUGGUGAAACAGGAAGAGUUGCUUCUAGUCGUAGAGUUGUUUAUUCCAACAAGCCACGGUCUAGAUAUCUGCACUAAAUAUAAGUUCUCCUUCUAAGAAGCGAGGGACAGUGACCAAAGAGUUGUUUGAGUCAAUUGGUCUAGCCCAUACGACAGAUGCAACCAAAUUUUCAGGCGUUACCCCUUCCAAGUUAAAUCAGA